CUUUUAGCGUAAUGUCGGAUUUCGUGUCGUGGAUUAACGAUAACGGUCAGCAGCCUACCCGUGAAGGCAUGCCUACCCCUGUCUACGCCUCGCCACCCUUCAACCAUGGUAAAGCAGACGUGAUCCUGCGCUCGUCGGACAACGUCGAUUUCCGUGUAUUCAGGCUUUUCCUUUCAUUGUCUUCUUCGUUCUUCGAGACCCUCUUCGACCUUCCUCAGCCAUCCGAAGAAGAGAAGUCUGCGGAUACUGAGACGAAGGACGGAUUGCCUGUGCUUCCCGUCUCAGAGGACAGCAGGACUUUAGAUGCACUCCUCCGCUUCUGUUACCCCUGCACUCUGACCGAGAAUCCUCCCCUUAACCACUUCAGGGACGUGAUCAAAGUGCUGGAGGCGGCGCAAAAGUAUUCUCUUGAUGAAGUCGAAAACACUAUCCGAAAGGCCCUCUUUAACCCCACUAUUCUGGAGGCUAACCCACUGCGUUGUUUUGCCAUGGCGCGCCAAGCUCGCAUGCGGGAAGAGACUAUCCUCUCUGCAAAGUAUUCUCUGAGGACAUCCCUCGUUCCAGAUUGGUUUGAGGAGAUCGAGAUGAUUAGUUCCACUGAUCUUCUCGCCUUGUGGGCUUACCAUCAAAAGUGCGGGAAGGCCGUGCAGAAAUUGCAGCUCAGCUUUUCAUGGAUCGAAGGUCAUUAUCAGAGUCGCGUAGCAGCUCCGUGGAUUUUUGGUGAAACCCCGGGUCGCACCUGUGGUUGCCCUAAGUCAAACACGAUCAAGCUGUUUGGCCAGAAGCAUCUCGUAUGGUGGGAGGAGUUUAUGGAAGCUACUUUCCAGACCCUAAAGGAGAAACCGUGUGCCCAGACCGUGUACCAGGCAGCCGAAAAGAAUAUCGAACAGGUCAGGCGACGUAAUUGUCAAUCUUGCUCUCCCGACAUAGCUACUGUGAUGAAGCAAUUUGCCGACCUGUUUGCGAAGAAAGUGGAAGAGCUUGUUUCGGAAGUCGAACUUCACUUCACCUACUAGCCUAUGUGCAAAUGCUGAAGUGUCAUGGUGAAUGUCAUCCUGACACUUUAGUAUUUGGAAAAAGAUCUUCGCUUGCCAGCACAAUCACCGUUUGUCGUGUAAAUGUGUAUGUAAUUUCCAUGGUUGUUCAGAUGUAGUUACUCCUCCGUACGUAUGAAUUUCAUGUUGACUCCUACAAAACGCCGCCUUUUCGAUCUUGUAUCACCAUAUUACAUGCACUGCAUGUUGUAUGUAUGUCCGCUC